GCGGGCAGACUGCGACAGUAGGGAGGAGGUUCCUCAGAGCACCACGUGCCGGGCGCGUGCACAGCCGUUGGGGGGGUGGGGCCGUGUGCAGAGCUAUUGGCUGUAGAGGCAGGUGCGGGGAGGCGGUGGGGUGGGGUCGUGUGCAGAGCUGUUCCGUCAUAGGAUGGAAGCGCUUCGUCGGCUGUUCCCGUCAUUGUCUUUGUGGUUGCAGCGAGCUUUGUUGUCGUUCUGCUCCGGUGAAAUGUCAACAAAAGUGCCAAGCGUUAAACUGAAAAUUGAUCCUCAGGAUCUGCACAUCCAGACGUUUACAGUGGAAAAAUUACUGGAACCAUUGAUAAUUCAGGUUACAACACUAGUGAACUGUCCCCAGAAUCCUUCCAGUAAGAAAAAGGGACGUUCCAAAAGGGCUCGUGUCUUGUUAGCUUCUGUGGAAGAAGCCACUUGGAAUCUGCUGGACAAAGGGGAAAAAAUUGCCAAGGAAGCGAUUGUCUUUAAAGAGGAACUUCAUGUAGCACUGGCUGAUGUCCGAAAAGAGAGUCAAGCCUUGAAGGUAUCAGCAGAGGCAUUUACCAGUGAUCCCUGCUAUCUUCCUAAGAGGCAGGCUGUUGUUCAAGCAGCACGAUCUCUUCUUACAGCUGUCACCCGGCUUCUUAUUCUGGCAGAUAUGGUUGAUGUGGCAUACUUACUGGAACAUCUGACUGUGUUUCAAAGAACCUUUGAAAUGCUAAGAAAUGUGUCCAGUAAGUCUGAUCUACAGAAAACCUACCAGAAGUUUCGGAAGGAUCUGGAAAAUCUUGAUUACUUGGCAUUCAAACGUCAACAGGAUUUGAAAUCUAGCAAUCAGCGAGAUGAAAUUGCUGCAGCACGUGCAUCCCUGAAAGAAAAUUCUUCUCUUCUACAUUCAAUAUGUACAGCUUGUUUGGAACAUUCAGAUGUUGCAUCCCUUACAGCCAGCAAGGAUUCAAUUUGCAGUGAAAUACAGAAUGCUCUCAAUGUAAUUUCUAAUGCUUCCCAAGGAGUUGGAAAUAAAACGGGACAACCUUCAUCUCACAAAGCCACUCUAGGAAGUGCGCUUGAUGAGCUUGAGAAUUUAAUUAUCCAGGAUCCUCUUGUAGUGAGUGAAGAGGAAAUACGGCCAUCACUAGAGAAACGUUUGGAAGCUAUUAUCAGUGGAGCAGCUUUGCUAGCUGAUUCUUCCUGCACGCGUGAUUUCCAUCGAGAACGCAUCAUUGCUGAGUGCAAUGCUAUCCGUCAAGCUCUCCAAGACCUGCUCUCUGAAUACAUAAACAAUACUGACAAGAAAGAAAAAAAUAAUGCUUUGAAUGUUGCGAUAGAUAGUAUGUGCAAGAAGACAAGAGACCUUCGCAGACAGUCUGUUCAAAAGCUUCGUAAAGCCAUUAUAGAUCACAUCUCAGACUCCUUCUUAGAUACCACUGUUCCACUUCUAGUUCUCAUUGAAGCUGCUAAAAAUGGAAGAGAAAAGGAAAUAAAAGAAUAUGCUGCUAUAUUUCGAGAACAUACCAGCAGACUUGUGGAGGUUGCCAAUCUUGCCUGUUCAUUGUCAACAAAUGAAGAUGGAACGAAAAUCGUGCAAAUGGCAGCUAAUCACAUCGAGACUUUGUGCCCACAGGUUAUUAAUGCUGCUUUAGCUCUUUCUGCCAGACCAAAAAGUCAAGUUGUGAAAAACAACAUGGAGAUGUAUAGGAGUACAUGGGAGAAUCACAUCCAUGUUCUUACUGAAGCUGUGGAUGAUAUAACGAGUAUUGAUGAUUUUCUGGCUGUAUCAGAAAGCCAUAUUCUUGAGGAUGUAAACAAGUGUAUAAUCGCACUGAGAGAGCAAAAUGCUGACAAUUUAGAUCGUGCAGCAGGUGCAAUCCGAGGGCGUGCUUCAAGAGUAGCUCAUAUUGUUUCGGGUGAGAUGGACAAUUAUGAGCCAGGGGCUUAUACUGAAGGAGUGAUGAAGAAUGUUCAGUAUUUAACCAAGAAUGUGAUCCCAGAGUUCAUUAGUCAAGUAAAUAUUGCAUUGGAGAGCUUAAGCAAGAACACAGUGCAUCUGUUUGAUGAUAACCAGUUCGUGGAUGUUUCUAAGAAGGUGUAUGAUACAAUUCAUAACAUCAGAUGCUCAGUCAUGAUGAUUCGGACACCCGAGGAGCUAGAAGAUGUAUCUGACCUUGAAGAAGACCAUGAUGCACGUAGUCGCACAAGUGUUCAGACAGAAGGGAAGACUGACAGGGCUAAGAUGACUCAACUGCCAGAGGCUGAAAAGGAAAAGAUAGCUGAGCAAGUGGCUGACUUCAAAAAAGUCAAGAGUAAGCUUGAUGCAGAGAUUGAAAUAUGGGACGAUACCAGCAAUGACAUCAUUGUUUUGGCCAAGAGGAUGUGUGUGAUUAUGAUGGAGAUGACUGACUUCACAAGGGGUAGAGGACCAUUGAAGAACACAUCUGAUGUAAUUAAUGCAGCAAAAAUGAUUUCAGAGUCAGGAUCAAGGAUGGAUGUCUUAGCACGGCUGAUUGCCAAUCAGUGUCCAGACCAAUCAUGUAAACAGGACUUGUUGGCUUACCUGGAACAGAUCAAGCUAUACUCCCAUCAGCUUAAAAUCUGCAGUCAAGUUAAAGCAGAAAUCCAGAAUCUAGGUGGAGAGCUCAUCAUGUCUGCUUUGGAUAGUGUCACUUCACUAAUUCAGGCUGCCAAGAAUUUAAUGAAUGCUGUGGUGCAGACAGUGAAGAUGUCCUAUAUUGCAUCCACAAAGAUUAUCAAAAUUCAGAGUCCUACUGGCCCACGACAUCCUGUUGUGAUGUGGAGAAUGAAAGCUCCAGAGAAGAAGCCCUUAAUUAAAAGAGAGAAGCCAGAAGAAAUCUAUGCAGCUGUCAGAAAAGGUUCUGCAAAGAAGAGAGUCCAUCCUGUUCAAGUCAUGAGUGAAUUUAGAGGCAGAGAAAUAGUCUAAUAUUCUGCCACUUUGUGUGUCUAUGUUGAAGUUCUUACAGUUUUUCACCUCUUCCCCCUACUUAUUUAAUAAUUAUGUAUGUUAGUGUUUUGCUUUUCCCUAAAUAUCUAAGUUAACACUUGCUUAAAUUACUUUGAAAACGAUGUUGGAUUAAUUAACAGCACACAGUUGAAAAAAUACUCAUUGUCUUGCAGUGUCAAACUAUCACAGCUUUAUACUGCAUGUUUUCAGCAGAGCACUUUGAGUGAUACGUGAUGGGACUGUGUUACAGUAGCUGAAAAGCAGGAUGCAAUGUGCCAAACUCUGCCCCAAGUCCUUCUGCAUCUGCUAGGGCCAGGCAUUCCUUCAUUGGGGAUGAAUGAGGCCAAUAUUAAACAGCAUUGUAGUUUAUGACAUACAAUAUUUUUGAACACUGUUUACUGGGAAUGUCCUUUAUCAAGAUCGUUACACUGUGAUCAAAACAGCUGGACUGCUUGAUGCUAACUGAGAAUCUUGGCCUUUACUUUUUAUCCUGAUUGAAAGGUCCAAAGAUCAACCCCCUCCAAGGCCCAGCUUUACGUAAAAAUAGAGGAAAUGUAAACUUGAAAAUGUUUGAAGAAACAAGUGUCAUAACAACAUGGACAUGACAAUGUAACAAAAAAGCACUAACUGCAGCAUAGCAAUAAUAGCUCUCUAAAACAGCCUUUGAAAUGUUACCAUUAUUCAGUGUUCUGUUUCCUACUGUAUUCUGUGACCUCUAAUUCAUCUGGCUGAUUGAUUAUUGCAUUAACAACAGAAACUUUUCUAAUCACAGCACAAAAGAACAAGUAUGAAAUACAUCAUUAUUCUGAGACUACUGUGCAAAUAACACAGACACAUCUUGAAUCUGAAGAAUGGUGAGAUUUUUGCAAGGUAACUAGCCAACUUGAUGACUUUGCUUAUGGAAGUAUAGUCACAAACGUAGGACUGUGCUGUCUAGCAACUUGCUAAAUUACUGCAUUAUAUUUCAACAUACGUAAUGAAGAUAAGUGAUACUACUCUGAUUAUCACCAUUCUGUAAGAUUCUUAUGGAAAGAAUUUUUUUCUAGAUCUGUUUAAAUACUAAAUCUACUUGGGCUGAUUUUUUAAACAAGCAAAAGUCUUCCCUGCCCUAUCACUAGGUUUUCCCAGA